CGAAUCCUUCACUCUACCCUACUCCUUCUUCUUCUUUUGCCAAAUAUUCCCAGCCCGCACCCUAUAUUAAUACCAACGUCGCAUAUUACGAAGGAUGAGCGAGCAAGUGGGACAAAGAGAAGCAGUCGAUUCUCCUCAAGCUACUGGCGUGAAGACACCUCCGGAGCCUUGUCCUUUAUGUCGAGAAACCGGUCCGCCUCAGCCUCCCUCUAUCACAGAAGAAGGCAAGACAAACGAAGACAUCGACUUCAUAUGGGUAGCGUGUAACAAAUGUGAUGAGUGGUAUCACUCGGCUUGUUUAUUCCUUGGUGAUGAGAAGUGGAGAGGGACGAUACCCAAAGAGAUUAUUUCGACAGUCGAGACGAACUUUGGCGACGAAGGGGCAUGGACGAAUUGGGUUGAGUGGAUAGGAAAAUGGUAUUGUGCCCCUUGUCUGGCUCGCUCAACUUCGCCGUCGAACCCUCGCCCCCCUCGGCAUCCACUAGUUGCCACUAUGAAGCGAGCAUCGAUUCAACCUAAAGACAUCGAUCAAGCUGGAAAGCCUCUUAAAAGGUCUGCAAGCACUUCAGCUCCUCUACUCAAGUCCAAUAUCAAGCGACCUCGCACCAGUACAAAAGGUCAGGAAACAGCGUCACCUGAGAUUGAUAUGAAGAGCGAGAGGGAGCAACAAGCGGAGAGUACUGCGGGGACACCUGCUUCGGAUGCUCCUCAAGGGCGACCGAAACGGAAAACUGCCCAAAUUGAUUACCGCAACUUGAACAACUCGAUUGCUACGCCUACUCAUCAAUGGUUGGAGUUGAUUGCGGAUCCUGAGAAGUAUGGACGAACAAUCUUAGACGCCAACUACCCUGCUCUUCCUGGGAAACUUUUGACGCGUGCGUGGCUGGAGUCACAACCUUUACCCGGGCAACCUUCUUCUAUCUCGCCUGAUCUACUACCAACUCGAUUCUGGGGUCCCGAUAGGGAGCCGCUCAUCGUCAGGCCGGAAAAUGGCGGAUUCUCAAGUCUAGGAGGACAUUUACCGUCGAAGGACUUGACCGUGCAGGAUGUGGCUAAUCUGGUCGGUCCAGAUCGAAUGGUAGAUGUGAUUGACGUCUCCUCUCAGCACUCUUCACAAUGGACCCUUCAGAAAUGGGCCGAAUAUAUUCAAUCAUCUUCUGGAAAUACCAGUGUCCGCAACCCCAAGGUCUACAACGUUAUCUCCCUCGAAAUAUCUGGUACAGAACUAGCCAAAAAGGUGAAGCCGCCCAAGAUCGUCAGAGAGAUCGACUGGGUGGACAAUUUUUGGAGAUUCAAUGCCGGAGCGGGAGGGAAGGAUGUGAAGGAAAAGGGUAGGGGGAAUGAUAGCAGAGAAGGCAGUGAGAUAAGAAAGGAGGGAAGCCACUUAACCGAAGGGGAUAAUGGGGGCGAGAUUGAAGAGGAUCUUGAAGGUUUGAAAGAGAAAACAAAUACGCCUUACCCCAAGGUCCAACUUUAUUGCCUCAUGGGUAUGAAGGGUGCGUGGACAGACUGGCACGUUGAUUUUGCCGCAAGCUCUGUAUAUUACACGAUCCAUUCCGGCGCAAAGGUCUUCUUUUUCGUCAAGCCCACCGAACAAAACCUCAAAGCCUACGCAGAGUGGUCUGGUUCCUACGAGAAACAGCAAGAUACAUGGUUGGGCGACAUGGUUGACGAAGUCCGAAAGGUGGAAUUGCACGCUGGUGAUACGAUGAUAAUACCGACAGGUUACAUCCACGCCGUUUAUACACCCAUGGACUCUAUCGUUUUUGGAGGGAAUUUCCUGCAUUCGUAUAACGUUGAUACUCAAUUACGACUACGUCAGAUUGAGAUCGAUACUAAAGUCCCUCAGAGAUUCCGUUUUCCCAUGUUUGACCGGCUCUGCUGGUACGUCGCCGAAAAAUACUGUAGCGACCUCCGUCAUCUUCGUGCCUACCGCCCUCGAGCAACCACCACUCCGAAACCGCCACAUUUUCGCGUCCUCCAAUGUCUCUCCUAUCUUGCCAAUUUCCUCGUCUCCCAAACGGGAAUUCUCGAGGACCCCGAGGCGGAAGAUAAAGCUCGGAAACUGGUACACGAUAGGAUACCGGGAGAUAUCGUCAAGGAUCCCGAGGGACUAGCAAAGGAGCUGAAGUGGAGGGUGGAGAGAGAGUUGGGAGCGUUGGGUUUAUUAGGGGAGGAGGCGUCUGGUGUCGAGGCGGAGGAGUUCAAGUCCAAUGGCACCGCGAAUGGGAGCGUGAAAAUCAAGGGGAAGGAGGUUAGCAGGAAAAGGGAUCGGUUGAGUAAAGUGUUUGAUAAGAAGGCAAUAUCUCGAACUUGGGAUUUCCACCCUCCAGCAUGGUCAGAAAACAGACAAUCCCCUCAAAUAGAAACGACAACCGUCCAAUUACCUCGCCCUAGCACAUCUUCUUCCGACGCUAUCUCAGGUUCUGGCCCUGGCGCUAGCCCGGGUGCGAGUGCGAAUGGGGGUGCAAACGAAAACGAACAAGCAGAAUUGACGACAAUGCUCGUGAAGCAGACUCGUAAACGUAUGCGGGAACUGGACGAUGGUACGGUUAUUGAAGAGAGUCAGGAAACCACCUUUGUGGAGAAGAAGACGAUUUGGGGACCGAAGCUCGACAAAGAGAAGAUAUCACAACCGCAAGGGAAAGUAGAGGAGGAUAUGGACAUUGACCACUGAUCAUUUGGCGUUGGCUAUUUGCAGAAAGUUGAAGAAAAGGGGUCUGAGGGGUCACAUUUGUCUAUGGCUUUGUAAUCUCGCCCAUGACAUGUAUUCGUGCUAUUAUGUCUCUUCUUUCCGAGACCAAUUAUAGACGAGUAUAUAUAAUAAUACCAUGUUGUGGUGCUAGUCUAAAAGCGCACUGCAUCCCGUAGUUACUGA